AAUUCAAAUCCAAAUAAAAUAUUUUUUUUUAUUUAAAUUCUCACAAAAUCAUCUCCAGAGCUUCAUUCAAAACUAUUUUUCUCUCUCGUUCCGAUAUGCUGGUGUCUGAUUAAUAAUAAAAAUAAAAAUAUUCGUAUUAAUCCAGUGAGUUCAUUGAUUAUAUGCCAGCAUGCUGAUGAGAGCUACUCUCAGUUAUCAAACUUAACGUGCCCGAUCGCUCUCAAUUCUUCUCUCUUCUAUUUUGUAAAUAUUAUUGUUGACUUUACCGAAUCUAUUCAGCUAGCUCAGUCCUCGAUCAGUUGCAGGUGUUGUCGGUUGGGUUUUGAGGAAGCAAGUUUAAAAUUAAAUUGAAGUACAAUAAGUCACGAAGUUGUUUUCGCGGUUCAUUUUUGAAUAAUUUCUUUUGUCAGUAAAAAAUAAUCAGCAAGUGACAAAAAUAAUAAAUAAGAGAAAAUGCAAGAUCGAAACGGAAAAGGUGGCUCAAUUGAGCCACUGAAAUAUCCAAAAUCAAUUGCUUUCAUUGUCAGCAAUGAGUUCUGCGAGAGAUUCAACUAUUAUGGAAUGCGAACAAUUCUUGUGCUCUACAUGACAAUUAAACUUGGCUACAAUGACAACACUGCAACUGUUCUCUUUCACAUCUUCACAAGUCUGGUUUACUUCUUUCCAAUUAUGGGUGCAAUUAUUGCCGACAGCUAUUUGGGAAAGUUUCGAACAAUUUUGUACCUGUCUUGUGUUUACGCUAUCGGAAGUUGUAUGAUAGCAGCUGGUGCAAUACCCACAUUAAAUUUACCCGCACAGUCAAUGACAGUAAUUGGACUUUUAUUGAUUGGCAUCGGUAGUGGUGGAAUAAAACCUUGUGUCGCAGCCUUUGGAGGGGAUCAAUUUAAGAUUCCCGAACAAGCAAAACAACUCGCGACAUUUUUCUCGCUCUUUUAUUUCUCCAUUAAUGCUGGGUCGUUGAUAUCAACUUACUUAAUGCCUGUACUUCGUAAUGAUGUUCAUUGUUUUGGUGAACUUAGUUGCUUUUCAUUGGCUUUUGGCGUACCGGGAGCCUUAAUGGUUGUAUCAAUUUUCAUUUUUGUGGCUGGAAAAUCAAAGUACAUUGUCAAGAAACCAACUGGGAAUGUCAUUGUAGAAGUCACAAAAUGUAUACUUCACGCAAUAUCCGAAAAGUCAAAACAAACACAGCGAGACGUUUCACAUUGGCUAAACUAUGCUGAGCCAAAGUACAGCAAACAAAUGAUUAGUGACGUAAAGUCAGUGUUAAAAAUUCUCCUUCUUUUUUUGCCACUUCCGUUAUUUUGGGCAUUAUUUGAUCAGCAGGGAUCUCGGUGGACAUUCCAAGCCACAAGAAUGAAUGGUGAUAUUGGAUUUACGGAAAUUAAACCUGACCAAAUGCAGCUUAUUAAUCCAUUGUUGAUUCUUGUAUUUAUUCCUUUAUUUGACUGUGCAAUUUACCCAGUUCUGUCAGUGAUUGGGUUAAAGAGGCCGCUACAGAAACUUGCAGCUGGCGGUGUUCUUGCUGGUAUUGCAUUUUUGAUCUCCGGAUUUGUUGAGUUGCAGCUUCAGAAGACAUAUCCAGUUUUUCCAGGACCAAAUGAGUCACAAAUUAGAAUAUUUAAUGGACUUCCAUGUACUUAUGAGCUUCAAAACUUUACUGGAACUCCUGAAAGUAAUCAAUUGAAUAAUUUAGGACUAUUUAAGUACUCACAAGAUGCCAGUCUCAGUUCCUCAAAAUUAGCAGUUCUAUCAACUUCAGCACCCAACUGUGAAUCUUACAGCACAAAUCUCAACAUCACAGCUGGACAGUCAGAUAGUUUCUUCAUUUAUGGAGAUAAAAAUCAACCGAGCAUCAAAAGUUUUGAAGAUAAAAUCGACAAGUCAAAAAGUGGAAAUCCAUACGUUCGUGUCUUGUCAAAUUUAAAUGCAGUCAAUGAGAUUCGAUUUGUGUUCAAAAAUGGAGAAACAGCAAAGUCAAUUCCAAAUGAUUCAAUAGAGCAGUUUGAGGUUGUGCCUGAAGAAUACACAAUUUUUGCUGAUGACAUAAAAAUUUCAAAUAUUGAAGUUUCUCUUGGAGGUGUCUAUACUGUCGUUCUUAGCAAUUCAUCCAGUGGAAAUGCAGAACUUAAACUUCAUGAGAUUACAAUACCUAACACAGUUCACAUGUUAUGGCUGAUACCACAAUAUUUUAUAAUGACAGCUGGUGAAGUCAUGUUCUCAGUCACUGGACUCGAGUUUGCAUACUCUCAGGCACCAGUAAACAUGAAAUCGUUGCUUCAAGCUUCAUGGCUUUUAACUGUAGCUCUUGGGAAUGUCAUCGUUGUGAUUAUUGCAAAAGCAAAGUUUUUCGACUCACAAGCAUACGAAUUUUUCCUCUUUGCUGUGAUGAUGUUUGUGGAUAUGGCAAUUUUUGCACUUCUUGCAAUGCGGUACAAAUAUGUAAAUAGUUCGAAGAGCGAUGAAGCUGAGAAUGGAAUUCCAAUUGAGGAUACCAAAAAGACUUUUACAAACAAUGCAUUCCAAGAGGAUUAAGCUUGGCUGCAAAUAAUAUUGUAAAAAUUUGAGACUAAUUUAAGAGAAAUAAAGUAUUUUGUAAAAAUUUUGUGACUUAAUAUGCUGAA